UUUUUUUUUUUUUUUUUUUUGUACACACACAGCCCAUUCAGUGAGAUUCUACAUGUAAGAAACUCCUCUUCCCCUUAGAUUCCCUAAAUCUUAUACAGUAAAACUACUUUUCUUUUUCUUUUUCUUUUUUCCUUCAUUUCAUAUUCCAUGACUCACACAUUCGAACUUUGGACACCACCUGUACUAGACUUGUCCUUGGAUUCCUUUUCCAAUGAUCUAAUACAAGAGUUUGACAAGACAAGAAAAAGUAUGCAAAGUGACCAAUUGAUUUAUCAAACUGCCAAUGAUAAAAAACAAGAAGAACAAGAUGCUAAUGUUGAAGAUACUACAGUAGUUUCGCCUGUCUCUUCUUUUACUACUGUACCUACUACAAGAGAGCAUUCUCAAACUGAAGAAGAAGAAGAGGAGGAAGAGCAAGAGGAGAUCGUAUCUACCAGUACUACAUCAUCUCACCUGUUUCGCAAAUCAUCUACAUUUCUAAAAGGCAGACUGAAUUCAACUAAAAGGACAAGUCUAGUAUCAUCACCUGAAGAUAUCUCUAGCAUUGUGUCUCGCCAAUAUCCUCCAAAACCUUUACAAUAUUCACCUAUUGUAGAGCCACCUUCAGAUACAUCAGUGACUAGUCUUGAAGAAGCGGUUGCUGUGACAGCAGUAGCAACCAGUAGCAAUCUAUCGGCUACAACACAUCAUGAUAAGAGAGAAACAAAGCCUUCUCAAGCUCACCAAAACCAUGAAAGUCGCGCGGUUGUCUCUACUGGGUCACCUAUGCCUUCCUCAACAACCAAAAGGCGUUCAUUUUUCUCUUUACGUUUUUGUUAACUAUGCUUAAAAAGGAGAAAAGAAAUAAAAGGAGUGAAUCAACUUCCCCUUUCCCUUAACAA